AUGAUGCCGCGGUCCCCCGAUCCCCUCGGCAAUGGCCCGCUCCCAGAAGAGGCCAGGAAGCCGGUUAAGCUGGGCUUGACUUCGGGCGUCUUUAUCCCCGUUUUUCUGAAUAUUCUCAGCAUUCUCAUGUUCCUACGUUUUGGUCUCAUCCUAGGACAGGUUGGCUUCCUCGGCUUCUUAGGCUUGAUGCUCACCGCAUACUGCGUCGAUUUACUCACUACCCUUUCGCUUUCUGCCAUUGCCUCGAAUGGAGAAGUGAAAGGUGGUGGCGCCUAUUACUUGAUAUCCCGGUCCCUCGGGCCUGAGUUUGGCGGCUCCAUUGGAAUACUGUUCUUUCUCGCCCAAGCUCUCAAUUCUGCUAUGAAUUGCGUUGGUCUCAUAGACUGCAUCCGCCUUUACGUCGGCCACAGCUUUCCGCAAGGGUAUUGGACGAGUUAUGGUCUACAAACUGUGGCUCUCGCACUCUGCACAGGCCUCUGCCUUCUUGGAUCUGCCGUCUUUUCCAAGGCUUCAAAUGCCUUGCUCGUCAUAAUGACAGUGUCUAUAAUCAGUAUCCCUAUAUCCGCUGCAUUCAAGUCGCCAUUUCGAGACGCUGAAAGUGGAGUGGAAUUCACGGGCUUGAGCUUGCACACGCUCAGCGGCAACAUGCUUCCACCAACGAGUAGUGCUGCCUACCAAGGCAUAAAGACUUUUCGCGACCUGUUUGGCAUUCUCUUUCCUGCUACUUCCGGCAUCUUUGCGGGUGCUUCCAUGUCUGGCGACUUGAAAAACCCCAGUACCGCCAUUCCAAAAGGCACGCUCUGGGCUAUGUUUGCAACCUUUAUUGUAUACUUUGUCGUCAUUGUCUGCAUGGCCGCCUCCACCACUCACGCUUCAUUCUUGGCCAAUGACAAUAUCCUCUCCGCCAUCAGCUUGUCUAGCCCCGUCAUUUUUGCUGGUGAAUGUGCCGUGACAUUCUUCUCCGCCACAAUGGGAGUCAUUGGUGCCGCCAAACUCUUCCAAGCCCUUGCCAAAGAUAAACUGCUACCAGGGUUAUCAAUUUUCGGAAAAGGCACAAAGAGGGCCGAUGAGCCCAUUCUAGCUGUCCUUCUUACCUACGCCAUUGCCCAAGUGGCCUUGCUUGCAGACUUGAACCAGAUUGCCACAUUAAUCUCCAUGGGCUACCAGAUGACUUUCUUCGUCAUGAACCUGGCAUGCUUUCUCCUCAAGAUUGGCUCCGCCCCAAAUUUCCGGCCUGGCUUCAAGUUCUUUAGCUGGCAGACGGCGCUAGUUGGUAGUCUCUUGUCUGCUGCGGCCAUGUUCUUCAUUGACGAGACGUAUGCGGCCAUGGCUAUUUGUGUAUUGAUCGCAACAUUCCUCCUCAUUCAUUACUUGUGCCCUCCAAAACGAUGGGGCGAUGUGUCUCAAAACUUAAUCUAUCACCAAGUGCGAAAGUACUUGCUGCGCCUGAAGCCCGAGCAUAUCAAAUUUUGGCGACCACAUAUUAUUCUACUCAUCAACAACCCUAGGCGCCAGGCUCGACUUAUUCAAUUUUGCAAUUCGCUGAAAAAGGGCUCUCUCUAUAUUCUCGGUCACGUAAUCGUUACGGACGACUUCAACGCUGGAGUUCACGAGGCAAGGCUGCAGCAGCAAGCUUGGACGAAUUACAUAUCUGAAUUCUCCAGGAUCAAAGCAUUCGUACAACUGACCAUGUCACCAACCAUAAACUGGGGGAUUCGGAACCUAAUACUGUCUGCUGGUCUGGGCGGUAUGCGCCCGAACAUUGCCGUUCUUGGAUUUUAUAAUCUGGAUGAUCUGAGACAGACGAACUCGGCUGUUUCUAUUCCAGACUUGCCGCAGUCCCCGGCCAAAAAAAUGUUCAAAUCAACGAGAUCUUCCGAAGACAAGGUUCCGCUCAGGAGGCGACGCGGCGACACUUCGGCUAGGCUCCUCGAAGGUGUCUUGCCUACGGAUGUCAUUCGGACUGAGCAAAUGAUGGACGUCACAGAAUACAUGACCAUGCUUGAAGACCUGGCUCUCAAAUACAGGUUAAAUGUCGCUGUCGCAAAAGGAUUCGAAAAGCUCGAGACUCCGCGCUCGGACGGAUCCAACACGAAAAAGUUCAUUGACCUUUGGCCAAUUCAAAUGUCGGCAGAGCUGACAGCGGAUGGCAAAAAUAUUGUCACCACAAACUUCGAUACCUACACGCUCAUACUCCAGCUCGGGCACAUUUUGCAUUCUGUGCAGACAUGGAGGAAUGUGUAUGCCGUUCGAGUCAUGGUUUUUGUCGAAUAUGAAAGCGAAGUCGAGGAAGAACUGGCUCGUGUGAAAGCCUUGUUGGAGAAGUUACGUAUUGACGCUACUGUGUCAGUAUUCUGGUUGGCCUCCGGCAGUCUCAAAACUUACGAACACAUCAUCAAUGGCAGCACUGAGGAUUUCGAUACCCAGAUCAUCGUCAGCGAGGCAUUGAAGGACGAAGAGUGGUGGGAUGAGCUGCAGACGUACCGCGGCCGAACAGACUUGUCUGAAAGUCAAGACAGGGCCCAGAUCAGCCACAUUCUUGACUCUACGUCGGGCCGCCGUGGCUUAUACAAUCCGCAUGAAGGGAACGGCUUUGACCAGCGCCGUGCUAGUGUCGUGGCUGGAAUGGCCGAGAUUCCCAAGAAGCCUGAUCUGGCUAUUCUAUCCAAGAUGGGCGUCAACAUGGGUAUCCAUACCCACCACCUCAAUAAUGAGGUCUUCGAUGAAUCAGACUCGGAUUUUACAACAGACAGCGAAGAUGAGGACGCGAGGAGGGAAGUGGAGAUACUGGCACCGUAUGGCUACCCUCACCCUCCAACGCCAUAUCCAUUUGGCACGGGCGGAAAGCCGUCGGAGCAGGAGCCUCUUCUCGAGGGCACCUUGAAACGACGUGGACGAUCGCAAAAGAAGGACAAUUCAGGAGACUCCUCUGUAAAGAGCGAGGCCGUUGCGCAGUCGUUGAUUCAAGCAGCAUCAUCCGAGGCUCCCUCGUACGGCACAAUCGCUACAUCUUCAACUCUGCUGCAGCCCGAACCGAGCUUUCGUCUACCCCAGAACGCGCCCAACCCCCCCGAAGUGUCACGAACCGGAGCAAGCGACCCCCUGACUCCCGCCAUUGGUGCUAACCUCUCGGACGAAACGGACAAGCUCGCCCAGUUCCCUCCCCUUGAUCCCCUCCGUGUGCCUAUCAUCCUCCCUGCCAGCAAGACAAGCUCACGACCCACCAGCCCGACCAGACACGGCACCAAGACGCCCAAGAGCGGCACCAACACCCCUGUUAGACCCGGGAUGUCGCGGCAGUCCUCGGCCGUCAAGUUUUCCAGCCGACCUGUCCCAGAGACAACCACCACCGGCGAGGACUCGCGCCUCGCCUUUGCCCAGCCGACAACCGGCCCGGACGCGGCACCACCUCCCGCACACUCGCGGCAGUCCUCCCUAGGCCGGUUCCCCGGCCGCACCAUGCUCGAGAAGAAGCUCAAUCGGCCCGCAGACGGUGGUGGGGCCAAGACUAUCAGUUUUGCGACCAGUCCCGUCUUCUCGUCUUCGGGCCCGUCUACGCGCCACCACUCGCGCCACAACUCACAGUUUUCCUAUUUCGGCGACGUCGUGUACGAUAUUCCCGAAGUCAAGGACUCGGUGACGCAGGAUGCCGCCGGCGUGGGCGUUGGUGGCUCGCCGUACUCGACGCAGAGUGUGGCGCUCUCGUUCAAUGACUUGCCGAGCCGCGCGCAGCACCUAAUCCUCAAUGAACUCAUGCGGCAGCAGUCGCAGGACACGGCGGUGCUGCUGAGUACGCUCCCGAUUCCGGCCGAAGGGACAAGCACGGACGAGGCGGCCACGGUGCGGUACCUGUCGGAUGUGGAGGUCUUGUGUGCGGAGCUGCCGCCAACGCUGAUGGUAUUGAGCAAUAACAUGACGGUCACUGUGAGCUUGUAG